AAAAAAAAAACAAAAAAAAACAAAAAAACAAAUAAAUAUGCAAAAAGCGCUCUAUUACGAAAAUGCCGAGUCUUUCAGGGGGUGUUCUUACCAAGAGCCCACGGGACUCGGGUACAUGGGCCCACAGGCCUAUCCAACUCCGGGGCAGUACCAGUCCGCCAGUUACUACCAGCCGGACACCUCCCCCUCCGUCCCGGGACAGGAGACCGAACAGAACCCGAGUUCAAUAAGAACAGGUGGCUGCCUGGCGGAGCCGCCGCUGUGCUUGCAGCCCGCGCUCCACUCCCCGGGGUCGAGCAGCACGUCCACUCAAAGCAGUAGCCCGGAUCAGGCACCGGCACCACCGCACCCGGCAGACAAGCUCCCCAGUACAGGCACCUCGGCAGCCGGCCAAGGCAGAAGGAAUUCCACCGGCAAUAACGUACCGAAACAGAUCUUCCCUUGGAUGAAAGACACGCGUCACAACUCCAAGCAGCAGAAAAACUAUUUCAUUGACUCAGGUGAAACCAGCGCAGAAACCAGCCCUCCCAGUCCAGCAUCCAAGAGAGCCCGCACAGCCUACACCAACUCCCAACUGGUGGAACUGGAGAAGGAGUUUCACUUCAACCGCUACCUGUGCCGACCACGUCGGGUCGAGAUGGCCAAGCUCCUGACCCUUACGGAGCGGCAGAUAAAAAUCUGGUUCCAGAACCGAAGAAUGAAAUAUAAGAAGGACCACAAGAUCAAAGGAGGGGGCAGCUCUUCUCCAGGGGGGUCCCCAAGCCGGAGCCCCUCGAGCGGCUCCUACUUUCCUCCCAGUGACGUUGGGUAUGAAGCCCCUUUGCCAAACACUUACCCCAAACCUCACAGCAAUGUAUACGGUUUAGCUGCAUACUCCACCCCGCUGUACGACUGCCCUCCCCCUCAGAAGAGAUGCAGGGUGGCAGCCGUGGCUUCUGAUUAUGAUCCGCCCUCCCUGCAAGAAGAAAGCUACGGCAGCCACAUCCUGCAGGGCAGUCCUGGGUAUGCUGAGCCCAGCUACAGGGAAUCGAUGCCUGGAAACUCAGGUUCAAUCUUUAAUCUCCCGCACGCUUCUUCUAGCUUGGACUACAGCUGUAGAGCACAGAUCCCUGGUAAGCACCCCCUCAGACCUUGUGACCCCCACCCAUCCUACACUGACAUGAGCUCCCAUCCCACGCUGCAGGGAACAGCUCAGGAACCUCCUACCCUCACACACCUGUAGGGGAGCUGUUUCCACUUGGAAGAAGGGCCAUUUACAGGGGUUGGUUUUGCCUGCUAGUGCACCAGCAGUAUUAUCAUGCUAGUUCAAUCAAGAGAAGGAUAGGGAUCACCUCUAUUUAUUAAACUCUGUAAAGAUAUGCAUGUGAAAUAUAUUAUCUUCAGCGAGACUGCAUUUAUUAAACAUAUAAAAAAAACACAACAAGUAAGCCAUUAAAUACUGUAUCAGGUUGAAAUUGAAUGAAAUAAACAGGGUGUUUUUACAUAUUAUUAUUAUUAUUAUUAUUAUUAUUAUUAUUAUUAUUAUUAUUAUUCAAAUGAGUAAUUAUUCCUGUUACAGAUGCUUUUCACUACGACCCCUUUGCUUAUGCUAGUGACUUUCUAAUAUUUGUAUUUAUGUAAAAUAAACUAUACGUUCAAAAUGUAUUACUAUUGCCUUUUGUUUUGUAACUUUUUUUGGAGCGAUUCUUCUGUAGAAAACAUAUAUUUAUAACACGUCGUUUCUACUGUACAGGGUAUAAUAAUAACUGUCUUUGUUUUGUAAGUUUAUGGUUUGUUUCUUUAUUUGUUUUCCAAUUGCAGUAUUAAAAGAUAUAUGCAAAA